GUAAUCUUUCUGAUAUCCGAAUUAUAGAAAAAAUUCUAUCAAUUUUUGUAAAAAAGUAAAGAGAGAUAAAACAAAACACAAGUCUCUCAUAUCACUCCUCAUACCUUAAUGAAUGCGUGAAAUGGGUUUAACAGGAAUUGUUAUAAAGAAACGGAUUCAUGAGGGUUUAAUUCAAUAUUGCUGAAUCAAUUUCCCCUGUGGGGUAUGUUCGGGGUUGGUUCAUUUAUUUUCAAUUUUAAAUAAUGAAAAUAUCAGUCUAGGCUAUAUUUCUGAAAAGGUUCAACAUACUCUUUAUAUAUAUUUCUACCACAGAGAAAUAAAAAAUGCAAGUAUAAAUUCUUUAAUUAGACUUUUUUUUAACUUCAAUAUUAUUGGUUUUGAGGGGUACGAUUAGAAUAGAAGUUAAAAAUUGAAGGAAACCUUAUUUUCUUCCAUUAAAAUGGAUCCGAGAUUAAGUUGAAGGAAUGAUAAAUAUGAAAAUACGGGCCUCUGUUCGUAAAAUUUGUGAAAAAUGUAGAUUGAUCCGUAGACGAGGUAGAAUUCUAGUAAUUUGUUCCAAUCCAAGACAUAAACAAAGACAAGGAUAAGGAUAAUAUUUCCACAAAAGCCACAAGAGAGGGCUUUGAAUUAUAAAGGACUGGGUGCGCAAAUAAAAAAAAAAAUAAAAAAAGAUAUAGAUAUUGAAAUUCAAACUUUUUUUUACAUGAAAACUUAGAAAUUAUAUAAUAUUCUCUAUUAUAUAUGAUAUGAUUUUAUAGUAAUAUUGAUUAUAUAUUAAUAUUUUUGAAUAUGUGAAAAUUUCAAAUUAUUGAAUGAAUAUAGAAAUUCUAUUUCGAAUAUUUCGAAAUUUUCUUAUAUAUAUAAUAUAUAUCAAUGAUUAUAUAUAUAUAGAUUAGAACUAUUCUAAUAGAAUACAAUAUAAAAAAGAGAUAUUAGAUAGAGAGAUUUUGGGGAUCUAAAAUUGGAAAUUCUAUUUUUGUUAGUUGUAUAUUAACACAAAUAGAAUGCCAAUUUUGAGAAUAUUAAUUCUAGUUUCUAAUUAAAAAAAAGAAAUAUAGUAAAACAUCUGUUUUUUUGACAUGAAAUGAAUAUAUCCAUACAUCUCAGACUUCCUUUUAGGUUAUGAGAUAAUAAUUAUGAAAUAAUAAAAAGAUAAUAAGAUAUGGCAAAACCUAUACCCAAAAUUGGUUCGCGUAAAAAUGGACGUAUUGGUUCACGUAAACAUGCUCGUAAAAUACCAAAGGGCGUUAUUCAUGUUCAAGCUAGUUUCAACAAUACCAUUGUCACUGUUACCGAUGUACGGGGUCGGGUAAUUUCGUGGUCCUCCGCAGGUACUUGUGGAUUCAAAGGUACGCGAAGGGGAACACCAUUUGCCGCCCAAACCGCAGCAGGAAAUGUUAUUCGAACAGUAGCGAAUCAAGGCAUGCAACGAGCAGAAGUCAUGAUAAAGGGUCCCGGUCUUGGAAGAGAUGCGGUAUUAAGAGCUAUUCGUAGAAGUGGUAUACUCUUAAAUUUUAUACGGGAUGUAACCCCUAUGCCACAUAAUGGGUGUAGGUCCCCUAAAAAACGACGUGUGUAAUGUAAAACAAAAGAUAAAAAUAGAAAACAUAGAAUAAAUUUCAAGACAAGAGAAAUAAACAAUUCAAGGAUUUGAAAAAAGAA